GGGAAGUGACGACAAGAGUGCCCUUGACGGGCGGGGAGGGCUGGGCUGCGCAUCUUUCCGCUCGCGCUGCAGGGAGAUGGCUCAGCGACUUCUCCUGAGGAGGUUUCUGGCCUCUGUCAUCUCCAGGAAGCUCCCUCAGGGUGGGUGGCCACCCGUCACCUCUGGCACCCUGCAGACCCCACAGUGCAGUCUUGGUGGCAUGACAGUAAUACCUAGCCCAGCCCGGACAAUAGGUACCACCAAGGUCCAUUUAACAACCUUUAACAUCCAAGAUGGACCUGACUUUCAAGACCGAGUUGUCAACAGUGAGACUCCAGUGGUUGUGGAUUUCCAUGCACAAUGGUGUGGCCCCUGCAAGAUCCUGGGGCCAAGGUUAGAGAAGAUGGUGGCCAAGCAGCAUGGGAAGGUGGUGAUGGCCAAGGUGGACAUUGAUGACCACACAGACCUUGCUAUUGAAUAUGAGGUGUCAGCAGUACCCACCGUGCUAGCCAUUAAGAACGGGGAUGUGGUGGACAAGUUUGUGGGCAUCAAGGAUGAGGACCAGCUGGAAGCCUUCCUGAAGAAGCUGAUUGGCUGACAAGCAGGUCUGUAAUAAAGAACUUUAUGUGAUCCCUUCUACCUCCUGCUGUGAAGAACUGGCCUGCCCCCCCCAUCCCACACUAAAAUCCCAGUAGCUGCCCCCCACCCCCAAGAGCCACCUCCUCCUUUCCUCCCAGGCCUGAGGGCAAAGGACAAGCAUUGGGCUGGGAUAGCCCUGGAGAUCCUUGAUUCUGGAAGGCUCAAGACACCACCUUCCCUCACGUUAGCUGGCCCUUUGAUCCUUGAAGCAGGAGGCUUAACUGUGAACAAAUCAGAUCAAUAAAGGUACAGGGGUUUCUACUGUUGACAACUUG